UACCAGCAGACCCGAACCGGAUACAGCACAACAGAAUAAAACGACACGACACGACACGACACGAAUCGAACCCUUCCGAUACAAGACGAACGCAAAAUGACGGCGAUCCGAAUCACCACGUGCACUGUCGUAGCUCUAGCUUGCUAUCUUAGCUUCCAAACGCAAACCUCUCUUGCGUUUACGACGACGGCGGCGGCGACGAAAGCGUGCCAGAAACCGGGAGUUCCGCAGCAGCGAUGCGAUCGCUUCGCCACGGUUUUGAACUCGACGCCAGAACCCGAAGGGCCCGGCGACGAGGAAGAACCACAAAUGCCCACCGCCUACGUUCCCCCGGCACCGGCACGAAACACCCCCCAGCAGGUAGCGCAGCGGCGUAUGGACCCCCUCAUGGCCUCGCUCACGAGGGACACCUCCAAUGCCGCUCCRGACCAACCCACGCAGAACGUACCCUUCUUUGGGGAAAUCCCGGCCGACGGCACCCUCCUCCUCCUGGUCCCCGCCGUCCUCUUUGCCUCCCUCGGAUUCCUCAUGAGCAUCGUGAUCGCCGUGCAAUCCUCGGACCAGAUCGUAGAAUCGUUUUCGAAGGUGGGCGACACCGUGGCGCAGACGGCCAUCGAACGAACCAAUCGAGUCUACGACGAAAACACCUGCCGUGGUUUUUGCGGCAGUCCGCAGCAGGAGGAUGUUGAUGCGCUGCAAAAUUUCAUGGAAUCAAUCACGCGAAGUGCAAGGGAAGGCAAACAAUAAAACAAACAAGUCGAUCGAAWUAAACGCCCGCUAUCUUGUCUCCUGCGUGAAAACUGGUUGUGGAGCUAUAAUCACCCCUAGAAACCAAAUCAAUUCGAUGGCACAAGAGAGAAAUCCUUUGCUUGUUUAGUUUGAUCACUCAAAACUCUUUUGGUUCGACMMACUUUAUUCUUUCGGUUCAACCCUUGGUGAAUCUGGAUCGUACAAGCACAACUGUAGCAGGGCACAAAAAGGUAGAAUCGAUCAAAAAACAGGCAUAACUGUA